CCGAAGCAGAUACAUGAGAUCAAGGAUUUCCUUCUCACUGCGAGAAGGAAAGAUGCACGGUCUGUUAAAAUUAAGAGGAGCAAAGAUGUGGUGAAGUUCAAGGUUCGUUGCUCCAAGUACCUGUACACGUUGUGUGUUUUUGACUCAGAGAAGGCUGAUAAGCUGAAGCAGUCUCUUCCUCCAGGUCAUUAUAGCUUGUUGUUCAUCAUGAUUGUUUGA